AUGGCAUCGACAACCACAUCAGAAGUCAAUAACACAGUGAUUAAGAAAAAGGUCAUACAGCAUUGGCAAGUAUUUUUAAGAGCACCAAGUGUAGGACACUUCAGAAAAGAUGUAGGACACCUCAGAAAAGAUAUGGGACACUUCAGAAAAGAUGUAGGACACCUCAGAAAAGAUAUGGGACACUUUAGAAAAGAUGUAGGGCACCUCAGAAAAGAUAUGGGACAUUUCGUAAAAGAUAUGGGACACCUCAGAAAAGAUGUAGGACACUUCGACUACUCGCAAAUGAUGGGAGAAAUAUGGCAGUUCAUGCUCAUAGCAUCGUGGACAGUUAUGUUGUUUUUUACAUACACGCCUUGUGUUAUGGUUAUUAUUGAGGAAUACCCAAGCUCUUCGGUUACAUCACCAUGGAUGAAAAGCCAAGCUUCCUGCCUUGUCCUUGGACACAAACCCAAUGAUCCAGAAGAGAGAAAAAAAGUAAAAGAACAUCUAGAAAAAAGUGGUUUAAUUGCAGUACACAUACGUAAUCACGAUCCCUUUCAACCGGUGGCCAUUGGUAUCAAUGUAUACGAGCGAGAUCCCUUCAAAUUCAUAAGUUAUCCUGAUUCUCCAACAAUUCCAAACAGGGCUAGAAAACCGAAGCUUGAUAACACGGUUAUACCAUUCUGCAAGGAUCGUCUGCUAAACCUUAUGAAGGAAAUUGCCACCGAUAAAAAUCCUUUGAACGACAAUUGUUAUUCCAAACAAUUCCUAACUGCAGAAGAUCAAUACCAGCUAAUGUGCAGCAAAGAUCUGGGGAAAAUCAGGGCGUUUACGAAAAAAUCAGCGAAAACCUGGGCGAAACUUAUGGGUAGUUAUGAACAGCUGAGGGCGUUCGUGACGGAUACUUCCAACUCGGUGAAAGCAUACUGGAAAUAUUUACAACAUGAUACCAAAUACAUAACAAUUGGAUAUGCACGUAAAUCGCCAACUGACGAAACAAAAGAAUCACGCAUACGUUUAUUACAGUUAAUGGUGAACAAACUAUACUCCCGCGGAAAGUGUGGAGAAGUAUUCGUGAGCCCAAUUUGCAAAGCAGACCAACCAAUAUUAGAAAGAGACUCGCCAAAGCAGGAUGAUUUACUGCUGAAUUUAAAAGGAUCCCAUGGCGAUAUAUCAGAUUUAGUUGAACGCGUCCAUUUCAGCCAAAAGCCUUUCCGCCUUGUCAUCAUUGACUAUGCCGGGCUUUCAAUGUCACCAAAUGAUAUUAGGAUUUGUUUGGAACAAUGCAGCAAUAUCAAGGAAGUUGUUGUAGAUCAUAGCUCUUCGUUUGAGAUCUUAUCACGUUUUGAUCUUUUGAAAAGUAAUGGUCUAGAAAAAUUUAAAUGUCGACAUGCUAACGUUAAACGAUCAAAGUAA